CGCUGCAGCGAGUUGGCAGCCCCGCAACACAACGUGCCCAUUUGUUUGGCGUGGAUUAAUCUAAAUUAUCGCAAUAAACCUCAAAUAUAAUGAGCUUUAGGCGCUGAAAUAAGCUGAAAGUACGUCAUGAGCAUCUAUCACGACGAGGUGGAGAUCGAGGACUUCGAGUACGACGAGGAGGAGGAGAUGUACUACUAUCCCUGUCCAUGCGGCGAUCGAUUUCAGAUCUCCAAGGAGGAGCUAAUCGAGGGCGAGGAGGUGGCCACCUGUCCCAGCUGCUCCCUAGUCAUCAAGGUCAUAUACGAUCCGGAGAUGUUCAAAGCUGAGGAGGAUGAAGAAAGUGCGCUGAACGAGAAGCUCGGCGAUCUGAAGCUCGAGAAGAACUAACACACAGUUUGGUGUAAUUAAAUAGUUUUUAUUCAUAUAUUUUUAUAUAUAUAUAUAGACUUCAUUUUAGUGUAAAUAAUACGUUGACUAGUAAAACAAUGAUUUCAAAUUA